AUGUCGCAAUAUGGGCAGACUCACCAAGCCAAUGCCUAUCCACAGGCUGGUGGCCAACAGCGUAUGUCUACACCCCAGUCGGGAUACGCACCGCCACAGAUGCAGCAACCGCAACAGCAGCAGCCCAUGGCGGCCGCUUACCAGCAGCCGUACAAGGGUACGCUUGCUCCAGGCACCAGAGUCAAAGUGGGCAACAUCACCGUCACUGUCAAGCGCUAUCUCUCCGAAGGUGGUUUUGCACACGUCUACCUCGUCACCACGGCUCAGCCCAUUCCCAUGCCUUCCUCAGUCACAGGCGCCGUCAGCGCAUCAAUGACGAACAACAGCGCAACCGCCGAGCGCGGCGAAACCGUCCAUGUGCUCAAGAGGAUGGCCGUACCCGACAAAGCUGCCCUUGCCGACGUCAGAAGAGAGGUAGAGGUGCACAAAUUGCUGCGCAACCAGGCCAACAUUGUCCAAUUCAUCGAAGCCUCUGCUACCUCAUUGCAAGGAGGCGGAUACGAAAUCUUCAUCCUCAUGGAGUACUGCUCUGGCGGUGGAAUAAUUAGCCUCAUGAAUGCGCGCUUGCGCGAUCGUCUACGCGAAGAAGAGGUGCUCAAGAUCUUUGGCGACGUCUGCGCAGGUGUCGCCGUCAUGCACCACCUCGACCCGCCCCUUAUGCAUCGCGAUCUCAAGGUCGAAAACAUCCUUAUGGCUCCUUCCACCGAUCCAGGUACCAUCCCGGGCUCACGCUCCACCUCGUCCAACCUCAAGGCCACAUUCAAGCUCUGCGAUUUCGGCUCAGCUGCGCCGAUUCUCUCACGCAAGCCCGCAAAGAGUAUGGAUGAAGUCAAACGUGUUGAAGCGGACCUCAAUAAGCACACCACCUUGCAGUACAGAGCUCCCGAGAUGGUUGACGUCUACCAGCGCCGUGUCAUCGACGAAAAGGCUGAUAUCUGGGCCCUCGGUGUGCUCCUCUACAAGCUCUGCUACUACACUACCCCCUUCGAGGAAAACGGAGGCGGUCCGUUGGCCAUUCUCAACGUCCAGUAUCGUAUUCCACCUCAACCCGUCUACUCGGACCGCCUCAAGCAGCUCAUCCACUCCAUGCUCAAGGAGCAAAGCUCCGACCGACCCAACAUCGACCAGGUAAUUCUGGACGUUCACCAAAUACUUGGCACCCGUCCUCCCAGGACUGCAGUACACUAUGCUCAAGCCGCUGCCAGCGGCAAGAUCGCCGCUCCUCUUCCCACUUUGGUCAGCGGUUCCAAGACGUUGUCUUCAUCCGACGCUUCUUCUUCAUCCAAGUUCAAAGCGACCGCCGGCGGCAUCGAUGCCAGCCUCAUCUCCAUGGGUCCCUCCAAGAAGGAGCUCGAACAGGCCGAGGCGCGACAACUCGAGUUGCAGGCGCAGAGCAUCACGCCCAUGCGUCGCGGUCGACCCACCAAAGCUUCCGCUGAAACUAACGUCGAUUCGCCUGCCAAGAAGCUCGACGAGGGCACGCUCAAGAGCAGCGGCUCUCCUGCACCCUCGGCAUCCGAAGCACCAGCCCAGAGCGCGCCUCUGUGGAGGGUUCCGGACUCAAAGCCAUCGUCGGUCAAGACAGGUCCCCUCAUCGAAGGGUUUGGCGAUUCUUUCGCUCCUGCACCCACCAGUGCAGGCCCAGAAAGCCCGCCGGUGCUUCCGAGGCGACCGACGCCUUCCUCCGUCUCGCCUGAAGCCAGUGGCAACGCUGCCAAUGCUUCCGAUCGACCCGUUGACAAAAAUCUUCUCCGUGCCUCUUCAUCCAGCGCACCUACGCCUGCACUGACCCCAUUGAGGCACAGUCCCGCUCUGCCUGGGUUCAGCGUAGCUCCCAGUCCCACCGCCUCACCGCUUCCUAUCACCUCCACUUCAAAGGAUGCAUCUACUCUUCCAUCCGCCCAAAAGCGCGGAAGCACGCCCCGCGACGAGCUCACCGACCGAUUCCCAAGCUUGGAAGAACUCGAUGCAAGGUACGCUGCUCCGGCUUCGAGUUCGCCGGACUCGAGCGCACCUGCGUCUGCACCCUCGAGUCUGCCCUCUGCGGGCGCUGGAGGACACGUCAAUGUACCCGGCCUCGCCAACCGCGCAAGCGUCGGUGCGAUGGCUGGAAGGUUCGAGCGACCAUUCGAGCCACAACGGCCUGGUUCGGGCCGAGCAGCACUGAACAAAUCGGCCACCAUUUCUACCUUUUCCUCCAUGGGUGACAGCGUAUCUGGAGCUCGUUCGGGAAGCGUGUCCAAACGGUGGCAGCCGUCUGUCAUCGCACAUGAUCAUGUGGGCAAGGAAGCUGAGCUCAAGGUCGCUAGUUCGGCCCCAUUCAGGAAGACAAUGCCUGCCUCCAAGGACUGGCUCACCGGCGACGUUUCUGAUCGAGAAGACGAAAAGAGCGCAAAGACCUACGCUACCCGACCGCGGGCUCCGAGCAACGGUGCCCCCGCGGCACAGCUCGGUGCGGCUCAGGAGGUGGAAGUGGAAGAACCUUCGUCAGACGAAGACGAGCCUGCUCAGCCGGAAGAAGCUGUGGCUCAACGGCCUGCGCUACCGCCACGGCUUUCUGCCGAUCGACUGUCCUCCUUUACUUCUGCUGCUGCCAGUCGUCCCCAUGCAUCAUCUAGUCAGGCCGCGCCGACGACGACGGGCGAGGAUGCUGUUGACGGUAGAACGAGCAAACCGGAGCGACCGCGCAUCACGCCCGGUCGAGUGAAAGCACCGUCUUGGCUGGUCGAUGCGGUCGACUCGCCCACUGCUGCCGAACGGCUCAUGUCGUCCUCAUCGAUCACGAGUCCAGGUGUUGGUGGCGCGGGUUACGGCGGUCUCAAGUCGCCUGGUGGUGCAGCUGAGCCGCUCGUUUCACCUGUCACAGAUGCGACAGCAGCAGAGCAGCUCGACGAAGCGGCGAGGAAGGCGCAGGAUCAACUUGAAGCUCUGCUGCGUGGACCUGCUGCCGAGAACGAGGUGGGAUCAGAGAAUGCUUCGGUUCGAAAGCAGGAGGACGAGGGGGCUGAGGACGCAAGCCCUUCGCUGGUGUCGGCUGCGAAGGUGAAGGCGCCUGCGUGGGACGACGACGAUGAAGAGGACGAGAAGGAAAUGAGUGCGCUGCCUAAGCCUGAUCUGCAAGCUGGGGUGACUGGCAAGUCGAGCAGCGGCGGUGCUCGGAAUGGUAGUGUUGAGGUGCACAAGCCGACCCCCGCGGCCGUCAGCCCACAGCAGCCAAGCAACAAACCUGCUGCGUCCGGCGCCUUUUCCAACAUCGCUUCGAGGUGGGAAUCGCAACGUGACCAGGUCAAGGAGAAACGGCUCGUGGACGUAGCGGUCACACCCCCCCGCAACGUUGAUGCGGUGCAAGAUAGGUUCGGCUCGAUCUCGCUCGCCAGUAGCUCGGAACAUGCGGGGGCGAGUGGAGCGGUCAAGCCGUCGAGUCUUGCGGCUCAGCGCUCUGGCUCAUCGAGUGCGGAGCCGGCGGUGAUCCAGCCGAAGCGACCGACGCCGAUCCGGCCGCACAAGUCGACGCAUCUGCGCGGCGGGUCCACAGUGGCGCCUGCGGCAGCCGGGCUGAAACCGUGGGAGCGCGAAGCAGCCCAAUCAGCCGCAGCGACCCGAAACGGCAUCGUCAAGAACUCGGCUCUGCCCGCUGCGUCCACCACGCGUCUGUCCAGCAACGACGACGGCCAGGACGACGAUGCGUCGGACCAACCCUCUCGCCGCGCGAACGGCGCCGCAGGCGCAGGAUCAGGAUCGGGGGAGGACGACAGGUUCACAGGCGUGUCGAGUCUCAUCUCGCGCUGGCAGCAGAACGUCGAGUCGAAUGCCCCGGGCUGGGGCAGGAUUGGGGGCGCGAGUGAGAGGGCCGGGCUAGGGCCGAAGGUGGCGAAUCAGGCAGCUGGCUUGGUGCGCGAUAGAGCGGGGGCUGCGAAUGCCAAUAGCUAA